CAAAUUCCUUAUCCUUCUCUAACCGCAAUACCAAUCCAUCCCCCCUUAAUUCUCAAACCUCUUUUCUCUACUCAACACAAACUACAAACUCUCUCUCUCUCUCUCUAGAAUUUUCUUCCUCUCUCUCUCUAGAAUUUCCAGGCAUUAGUUCCAAUGGAGAGUCAGACAAUAAGCGACAUCAAAUACGAAGAGGAAUACAUAGUGAAUUCACGUGGAGUGAAGCUUUUCACGUGUCGAUGGUCACCUCCUGCUGACGUGGACCCUAAAGCUCUGAUCUUCCUCUGCCAUGGUUAUGCCAUGGAGUGCAGCAUCUCAAUGAAAGGUUGUGCUACUAGAUUGGUUAAGGCGGGUUACGAAGUUCAUGGAAUCGACUGCGAAGGCCACGGAAAAUCAUCGGGGCUUUUGGGCUUAAUCACCGAAUUCGAUCAUCUCGUCGAUGAUCUCUCCGAACACUUUACUAAUAUUUCUGAAAAGAGAGAAAAUAAGAAAAGAAUGAGGAUUCUAAUGGGAGAAUCAAUGGGAGGGGCGAUGGUCCUACGAUUGCAUAGGAAGAAACCCGAUUAUUGGGAUGGUGCCAUCCUCGUUGCACCCAUGUGUAAGAUUGCUGAUGAAAUUAAGCCAAAUCCAUUGGCUAUAAAGAUCUUGACUUCUUUGGCGCGCGUCGUUCCCACGUGGAAACUUACCCCUACUCCGGACAUAGUUGACAUUGCCUUCCGGGACCCACAAGUUAGAAAGGAGGUUAAAUCCAACCCAUACACAUACAAAGGCCGACCCCGUCUGCAAACUGGCUACCAGUUGUACACAGUCAGCAUUGAUCUGGAAAAACGCCUCGAAGAGGUGUCCUUGCCAUUCAUUGUCCUUCACGGAGAAGAUGAUAAAGUGACCGACCCGUCGGUGAGCAAAACAUUGUACGAAUCAGCUCGCGCCACGGACAAGACAUUCAAGCUGUACCCAGGGAUGUGGCACUCUCUCUCCUACGGCGAGUUGCCGGAAAAUAUCGACAUUGUAUUCUCCGACAUCGACAAGUGGCUCGGCAGCCAGUUCUCCGGCAGAAGCGCCAAGCUCGAAGAGCAACAGAAGUUUGCUAAUGAUCACAAUGUAGUGUCCGAACAAGAAUCUAGUAAAUAACAAAAUUAUUUUUAAAAUAUAAUAUUAUAAUAUUGUGUGGUUUAUUUUAAUUAAUUUUUUUUUAUAUUGAGGGUUAUACUUAUGUAAAAUGGGUUUGUUUGGGUCUCGUAGAUGCUACGUUCGGUGAAAUACAUUGGGUAACCAUAUACUAUUGAUCUAUACAGAAUAAGACCAUAUGUGUGUUUAAUAAAUAGUUAUUUAAAUAGAUUUAUGGUGAAAAAUUACCCGAUUUUUGCACCUGAUGUAGCAUCUUAUAGACCGUUGGUUCGGGAGUCAUAUCGCUUGAUUUGUUCGGUUCGAAAAUACAUUAAUAUUGAUUAGUUAUCCAUCAUCGUCUUUCAAUUUUUAUCCACACUAAAAUUAAGAGA